AGUUGAUAUUCAGUUAGUUGAUAUCUUCUCUCUUUAAAAUGUUAAGACCAGUUCUCUUGUGUAUUGUCCUACUCCACUACUUUAACAUAUCUUCAGCUAAUGAUGAGGAAUCAUCCUCUUGUCAGGCAGCAGCUACUUUAUCUUGUGAGGAUAUUAAGAAUUUUUGGCCAGAGAGUUCAUCAGGAUAUUAUAAUAUAAUAGGCAAAGGAGGAGCAAGAAAAUAUAUGCAUUGUAAUAUAGAGGAGCUAAAUGGAUCUGCCUCUUUAGUCAAUCCCUCCAGCAUUCAACCAACAGAGACUGUAUUAUCCAGCAGUGAAUCAACAGACAGCUCCUCCACUGUCCAACCAACUGAGAUACUUUCUACCAGCAGUCUACCAAUAGAAACUGUAUUAACCAGCAGUGAAUUGACAGACAGCUCCUCCACUGUCCAACCAACUGAGAUACUUUCUACCAGUAGUCUACCAAUAGAAACUGUAUUAACCAGCAGUGAAUCAACAGACAGCUCCUCCACUGUCCAACCAACUGAGAUACUUUCUACCAGUAGUCUACCAAUAGAAACUGUAUUAACCAGCAGUGAGUUGACAGACAGCUCCUCCACUGUCCAACCAACUGAGAUACUUUCUACCAGUAGUCUACCAAUAGAAACUGUAUUAACCAGCAGUGAAUCAACAGACAGCUCCUCCACUGUCCAACCAACUGAGAUACUUUCUACCAGUAGUCUACCAAUAGAAACUGUAUUAACCAGCAGUGAAUCAACAGACAGCUCCUCCACUGUCCAACCAACUGAGAUAAUUUCUACCAGUAGUCUACCAAUAGAAACUGUAUUAACCAGCAGUGAAUCAACAGACAGCUCCUCCACUGUCCAACCAACUGAGAUACUUUCUACCAGUAGUCUACCAAUAGAAACUGUAUUAACCAGCAGUGAAUCAACAGACAGCUCCUCCACUGUCCAACCAACUGAGAUACUUUCUACCAGUAGUCUACCAAUAGAAACUGUAUUAACCAGCAGUGAGUUGACAGACAGCUCCUCCACUGUCCAACCAACUGAGAUACUUUCUACCAGUAGUCUACCAAUAGAAACUGUAUUAACCAGCAGUGAGUUGACAGACAGCUCCUCCACUGUCCAACCAACUGAGAUACUUUCUACCAGUAGUCUACCAAUAGAAACUGUAUUAACCAGCAGUGAAUCAACAGACAGCUCCUCCACUGUCCAACCAACUGAGAUAAUUUCUACCAGUAGUCUACCAAUAGAAACUUUAUUAACCAGCAGUGAAUUGACAGACAGCUCCUCUACUGUCCAACCAACUGAGAUACUUUCUACCAGCAGUCUACCAAUAGAAACUGUAUUAACCAGCAGUGAAUCAGCAGACAGCUCCUCCACUGUCCAACCAACUGAGAUACUUUCUACCAGCAGUCUACCAAUAGUGACUAGCUCAGUACAUUUUCCCCUUUCUUCUAGUGUUAUGCCUCAUCAGACUAAUGUAUUACCAGAACCAUGUGGUUCAGAAGGAGGAUGGACAAGACUAGCAUAUCUGAAUAUGUCUGAUGCUACACAGAACUGUCCUUCUGGGUUUGGCCUAUAUAGUUCAGGAGGAGUUAGAGCUUGUGGCAAACCAUCAUUAUUCAAUGGGUGUGUGUCAGUUCAGUUCCCAUCUAAUGGUAUCAGUUAUUCUCAAGUGUGUGGUAGAGUAACAGGAUACCUGUUUGGUUCUAUUGAUGCUCUUAAUACUGCCAUUGUCACUGGUGCUGAUGGUGUUACUAUUUCUCGUGGAUCUUCUCAACAACACGUCUGGUCACUAAUAGCUGGUCAUAGUGAGUCAACUACCUCAGGAAGUUCAUGUCCAUGUAAUACUGGUAGUACAGUAUCCGUUCCAGCUUCUAUUGGUAAUAACUACUUCUGUGAAUCAGGGAAUCCUAAUAGUAGCCCGUCACAGAUUCUCUACACAUCUGAUCCA